AUGGAUCCCUCCAACAGAAAAUUCACAAACCAAAAUGAUGAACCUUCAAACCCCACAGACACACGUCAUGACUCCCCUCCCCAACAACUCCCUAACAAUUUCAUCCCAUCUCAGUUUCCCCAAAGCUUGAACCCCCAAUAUUUCCCCAAUUUGUACCCAUUUGGUGGCCCAGCCAACUACCCACCAUAUGGUCAUUCUCCUCCAACAUUUCAAGGACUUCAACAUCAAGGAAAAUGGGCACCAUCCAGCUUCCAAGGUUACCACUUGCAAGAAAAUUUGGUGUCCUCACCAAAUCAGGUGUUUGGAGCUGCAAGCACCAGAGGAACCUUUGUGCCACAACCUGUCACUUUGGUUGGGCAUGGUGCCAACACUUCAUCCCAUGGGUCAGAGUCAUCAACCCCCUGUGCUGCAAGACACCAAGAGAAGAAGUCAGUUUCCAUUGAAGAGUUAAGUGAUAGUAGUGAAGAAGAAGUGGCAAGGAGAGCACAACGCAUCAAUUGGUCAGAAGAAGAAAACCUACGGUUACUUUUUGCUUGGUUAAAUAAUUCAGUUGAUUCUGUAAAAGGAAAUGACAAGAAGCAAGAAUAUUAUUGGAAGGAUGUAGCUAGUGAGUUCAACAGCAACCGGCCUACAGAUGUCCACAUGAGGAUAGUCAAGCAAUUGAAGACACAUUGGGGUACUGUUAAGAGGGAAAUUGCUAAGUUCUGUGGGGUUUAUGCUAAUGUUAGAGCUACCUAUACCAGUGGACAUUCUGAUGACAUGAUCAUGGAGAAAUCCCAUGCAUGGUACAAGAGUCAAUCAAGUGGCAAACCUUUCACUCUGGAGUAUAUGUGGAGAGAGCUCAAGGAUCAACCAAAAUGGCGUACAGUCGUCAAGAAGGAGUUAGGCAAGAACAAGAGGACUAAAAUUUCCGAGUCAGGAGCUUACACAUCAUCAUCAACUCAGGACACUGAAGAAGAAUCAGCAAGUAAAGAGAGGCGCCCUGAGGGACAGAAAAAAGCAAAAGAAAGACUAAAAGGCAAAGGAAAAGGCACUUUGUCUUCUCCAUUGGGGAACCCGCCAUCUCAAAAUAUAGUGCUGUACAAUGAAACUAUCAAGAUUAGAGCUGAAGCGUUACUGAAAUCAGCAGAAGCACAAGUAGAAUCGGCCAAAGCAAAAUGGGAAGAAACAAGGAUGAAAAAGUGGUUAAUGUACAUACAAUUAGAAGAGAGAGAUACUUCAAAUCUAAGUCCACAAAAGCUGAAGAGACAUGAGGCUGCACUGCUCAAGUUAUCUAAAGAACUCGAAGACCAGUAA